UGAGCUUAGAGCUCAGGUAGAGCUUUGAUCUGCCUCGUGGGUUCCCAAGGUAUAUAAUAGGAUGGUUCCUCCUAUUUGCAGUGUUGUGUCAUACCAAUAUAGAGCUACCUCAAGAUACCCCGAGUCUUCUUGUCUACUAUUACAGGAGAAACAGUCUAUCAAUUUCACCAGCAAUUUAACUCGUCAACGUGUACUCCAAACAUCCAUCUAUCUACUACCCAAACUUCUGAUAACAGGCUCGUUGGGAAGCAGUCGCCUCAAAAGAUCUUACCCUCUUCUCCCUCUUCCAACCCUUCCUCCAUCUUUACCUUACUCUCACUCACUUCCACCCAUACAACACCGCCAAAAUGUCGUACAGAGUCGCCGCCCCCGAUGAAUACCUCGCCAUCACGGGUAUGUCCGUGAAGACGGUCAAAAUCACAAAGGCCGCCUGGGUAUGGCCCUUCCAACGCUGCAUGCGCUUCCGCAUCACGCCCCACGAUUAUGCCAUGAGCCUCCAGGCUAUGACCAAGGAGAAGCUGCAAUUCCUCCUGCCCGUCGUCUUCACCGUAGGCCCCGACGUCAACCAGCGCGGCGCCAACGCCGCUCAUCAAUCGAGCCACCACUCCGAGACCUCCGACCACCAGCAGCACGAUGAGGACGACAGCUACAUUUCCUCCAACCGCCGUGAGGACCGCGGCGACGCCCUCAUGAAGUACGCCAUGCUCCUCGCCGAGUCCGCCGACAAGAAGACCAGCUCUCUCGUCCACCUCGAGAACAUCGUCAAGGGCAUCAUCGAGGGUGAAGUCCGUGUCCUGGUCUCCAGCAUGACCAUGGAAGAGAUCUUCACCGAGCGCGAGGUCUUCAAGCGUCGCAUCUUCCGCAACAUCCAGUCCGAGCUCAGCCAGUUCGGCCUCAAGAUCUACAACGCAAACGUAAAGGAGCUCAAGGACGCACCCAACUCAAACUACUUUGAGUCCCUCUCCCGCAAGGCCCACGAGGGCGCCAGCAACCAGGCCAGGAUCGACGUCGCCGAGGCCCAGCUGCGCGGUAACGUCGGCGAGUCGAAGCGCAAGGGUGAGCAGGAGCGCGAGAUCGCAAAGAUCAACGCCGAGACCGCCGUCCAGAAGACGGACCGCGACAUCGAGCGCGCCACCGCCGAGGCCAACCUCGACACCCGCCAGGCCUCCCUCAGCAAGGACGUCGAGAUUGCCCGCGUCGAGGCCCGCCGCGCCCUCGAGUCCAAGGACGAGGACCUCAAGCGCGAGGUCGAGGUCAAGCGCGCCGCCGCCGAAAUUGAGCGCCUGCGUGCCACCGAGGUCGUCAAAGCCACCAUUGAGCGCGAGGCCCGCCAGCAAAAGGCCGACGCCGAGGCCUACGCCAUCGAGGCCGACGCCAAGGCCAACUUUGAGAAGAGCCAGCGCGAGACUGAGGCAAAGGCCUUCAAGACGCAAAAGGACGCCGACGCGCACACCUCGGCCGAGUUCAACCGCACCACAAAGACGGCCGACGCCAACGCCUACAAGGCCCGCCAGGACGCCGAGGCGCACCAGUACUCUGCCCAGCUCAACGCCGAGGCCGACCUGGCCAUCAUGCUCAAGAAGGCCGAGGGUAUGGCCGCCAUGGCGGACGCCUACGGCAAGAUGUCGACUGCCUUUGGCGGUCCCGCGGGUCUGCUGCAAUACCUCAUGAUCGAGAAGGGCACCUACGUCCAGCUCGCAAAGGCCAACGCCGAGGCCAUCCGCGGGCUGCAGCCCAAGAUUAGCGUCUGGAACACUGGCAGCCAAGGUUCUGGCGAGGGUGGUGGCAACUCUGGCAUCGAUACCAUGCGCAAUGUCUACCAGAUGCUGCCUCCCCUGAUGACGACCAUCAACGAGCAGACUGGCAUUACGCUGCCUGAGUGGCAAUUUGGAAAGAUGAAUGCCGGUAUGCAGGCUAUGCAGAGCGAGAACGGCGGCAAGGUCAACGGUUCCAAGUAAGGGAUGAUUGAUAAUAUCACAGACACACUCAUUUAAACGAUUGGGGUAGAUUGGCGUUGGUGGCUUAUGCCUGAUUCACGAGUUUGAUGAUACCAUAGCAGGG